UGGCCGCGUGCUUCAAGGCAUCAAAGGCUUCAUGCUUUUUGCAUGAGACGUCAGAGUGAGUUUGAAGUUCGGGCGUCCAGAGGCUAGUCGCGAGGAGGAUGUCCGCGUCCGCGAGCUUGAAGGAAUCAGACGGAGAUCGGGACAUGGAGCAGCGCAAAUUUCAAGUGUCAAGCCAUCCGUUCAGCGUGGAGUCUCUUAUAUCCAGCCACAAACCCAGUAAGGACUUUGAAAAAAGGCGUGAGGAUGUUUCCAGUCAGUUUGCAAAGCCAGAGAUCAGGGAUUCUUGUGGUUCGGCUGGAAUACCAAAGCACUUUAUACAGACCUCACCCGUCAAAUCGGAGUCCCCUGAGCCGGAUGACUGUACAUCGUGGGUUAUGAACUCUAGAUACGCUCAAACUCGCCAGGUAAGUCCCUGUCCUCUCCGCAAGCACAAGACCAACCGCAAACCCCGUACACCAUUCACCACCUCACAGCUCUUGGCCUUGGAGCGAAAGUUCAGACAGAAACAGUACUUGUCCAUCGCAGAACGAGCAGAAUUCUCCAGCUCCCUCACCCUCACAGAGACCCAGGUCAAGAUCUGGUUCCAGAACCGACGGGCCAAGGCCAAGCGUCUGCAAGAGGCCGAGCUGGAAAAGCUCAAACUGACUGCCAAACCUGCCCUGCACCCCAAUUUCAGUCUGCCUCUUCCUCUUGGGACCCAACUUCAUUCGGCGGUCUCACUCUAUGGCCAGUCGUACCCCUACCAGAGGCCUUUACUGCCUGUUGCUCCAGUGGGGCUGUAUGGAACACCUUUAGGGUACAGCAUGUAUCACCUCGCAUGAGCGGAAGUGCUACGAUAUGGACUAGUACUGCUCUGUGGAUGUACAAAAAGACAAUGUUUACAAUCACUGGGUGUCCAAGUUCGAAAAAAAAAAUUAUAAUGUGCCUUCACUCACGUCUUAAAAGACCUGACAUGAAAAUCGGGACAUUUUACCUCACUUUCCGCUGACUGAAAGAUCAAAUUUUACCCUGUGGAUGGAUCAUUUUGUUGCCAAACCUUUUUUGUAUAUUUGUGUCAUACAUCUUUAUGUAAUAUAUUGUAAAACUAAUUAUUUUGUGUACAAAAUAUUGUCUUAUGAGUUUAAAUUCUACUACAUUUGAUUAGGAUUUUUUGAUCUUGUAAAAAAAAGUGCGACAAGUUCAUUACGCAUUGUUUGUACUUAUCUUGUCGUACAAUAAUUGAUGGACAGUGAUUUCACCAAAAGGUCAUAGUGUUUGAAACAAAUUAAAUUGCUAGGUGAAUGAUUUUAUAUACGAGAAAUGCAUUGGUGUGUUUACAUAAGAUUUGAGCUUCAAGUUAACUUUCAUCAAAAGAUUACAAACAUUUUUUCUACACUCUCUGUUCACUUGCAACCUAGAAAUGAAUUUGACCGUGAGUAUGGUAUUAUGCCUUUGAAAUUAGUAACUUGUAACUACAAUGUGGAAGUUUAUUUUUAUGCCACAUUUUUAUAUACAUUUUAUACUGUAGUUAUAAUUGACUGAAAUCUGACAUGUACAGUAAACGGCAAUUGGCGAGCAGUCACAAUAGCAUUUGUUUAUUCAAUUGAUAUUUCUGUUUCAUGUUUGAGAAAGCAUAUGAGACAGUUAAGUUUAGAGUAGAAGCUUCCGGUUGCAUAAGCAAGUUCUAUUCAUCUUUUUCACUUUAUUCAUUUUCCUAACGUUCACCUCCACCUUUUUAAAGUAGAAAAAGGUUAUUUUUACAGGGAUAUUUUUUCCCCCCAGGAAUGAGCCUUUCUAAACUAUGAUUCUCGCAUAAUGAAUUAUGUAUGAAUAUGAAUUAUAUUGUUAGAAAAUGUCAGUUACAAUUGCAAGUAAAGCAAUUUCCUGCAAGGAAAAAAAAAAUUAGUUGCUAACACUUUAUAUUAAUUUUCAUGAACCAAACAUUAUGAGAUGCUUAACAGAUCAUCAGUUUGAACAUAGGAAAAUACAGCUAAUGUAUUGCAUUUCUAACUUUAUGAUCAUUGAUUAAAUAAUGAUCUGAUAUA